UUACUGCGCUCCAACACAAAAACAAACGCAGAACAAUAAAUCAUCGACAUCGCUGCGUUUAACGCAAUUUUUUUUAAUUAUUGGAAUUUUUUUUUGGUUUUUCAAAGAGAAUUUAUUUAGUGCAAAAUGCAAGCAUCUGUAUUGCUGAUUACAACUGUGAUAUUCGUUAUAAUGGCCAGCCAGGCACCUCUGGCAAAUGCGGCACUGCGACGUUGCUACCAAUGCAGAUCGCGUGGCGAGCUAGGCAGCUGCAAGGAUCCGUUUAGCUUCAAUGCCACCGACGUGGAGCGCGAACCCGGCCUCUCAGCCAUUCCCUGCGCCAGUGGCUGGUGUGGCAAGGUGAUAGAAGGCGGCGGUACCUACGCCCUCGAUGAUUACGAUCUGGCCAUUCAACGCAUGUGCGUGCAACGUGGCCCCGAUGAUAACAUGGAUCGCUGCGCCGACACCAUCUACAACCACAAGAAAGUCUUCAUGUGCUUCUGCCAAGGGGAUCUCUGCAAUGCCGCUGCUACACCUUGGCCACAGUUCCUCAGCCAACAAUUGUCCGUCUGGAUUGCGACUGUUUUGUUAAGCACACAAUUGGUGCGCUUUUAUUUGUAAUUGCUAAAAGGAAAAUAAAAAUGUAACGACUCCAAUCAAAAAUACAAAAAAAA